UGCUGUGGCUUUAAGAGUUUACUACAAUCAGCGCACUCGCUCCAUACACAACAGAAAAAAGUUUGAAGGCCAAGCAAGCUGUGGGAUACCAACGGAUCGGAAGUGACGGGACAGCACAAACCGAAAGAAGGGGCAAAGUUAAGACGGGAUAUCAACACUUGGGACACAAAGCAGAAUGAGAAUCAACGUGCUCUCCACAGGCAGAGCGCGGAGAGUGAAAGGCGCAAGGACCAGCGCGCACUGAAGUCGGGGGAUUUGGUAUGAACUAUGAAAGAAAAGACUUUAUGGUUUACCUCGGAGGGCAGUUAGGGGAUAUGAGCGCUUAUGUGUGGACUUGGGCUCGUGUUUUUCCGCUGUGGGAUCCCGCGUUGAAUCUUUGGGGAUGUUUGGAGGAGUCGUUCGGAAACUGACGCGACUCUUCGCCGUAGUGCUGUUGCUUUCUUCGGCCGUGGUGGUGGUAGUGGUCCCUGGCUCAGAGUUAAGGGUCCGGGUCCGGCUGGCAGACGGGCUGAUCACUGAGGAGGUCCUGGAAGCGGACAGUGAGAGGGACUCCAUAUCUCUGGAGUUCAAACAGGGCGACGGGACGCUUGUUACGUUCGUGGCAGACUUCAAGCAGGAUGUAAAGAUUUUCCGUGCACUGAUCCUUGGUGAACUUGAGAGAGGACAGAACCAGUACCAGGCUCUGUGCUUUGUUACCCGACUGAACCGUAAUGAGAUCAUCCCCAGUGAGUCCAUGGCCCGUCUGAGACAGAAAAAUCCUCAAGCAAUCCGUUUGGCAGAGGAGCGGAGGGGACUCGAGCAACUUACAAUGAGCGCUGCAGUGAAUCUGAGUCGGGCUUGGCAACUGAGCUCACACAUACACAACAUGUGCAGCGAGGCCCGGGAAGCCAUUUAUACCAGGGAGGCAGAUGUCAAAUACUGGUUGGAAAAAGGAGUGGAUGGUUCUAUGUUUGAAGUAUUACCCCAGACAACAGAGUUGCCCGGAUUGCAGCCCUGCCACUCUGCUAAAGACUUGUGGCAGCCAUGUCUGUGCACUUACAACCUGCGUCUGGAGUGGUAUCCCUGUUUACUGAAGUAUUGCCGGAGCCGGGACUCAGCAGGGAAGGGCACCUCCUACAAGUGUGGCAUCAAGAGCUGCAGCAAGGGCUACCAUUUCACUUACUUUGUUCCCCAAAAACAGCUUUGUCUCUGGGAUGAGGAGACUUAGCAUUUCUACUGGAAACUUGCAGACAGAUUAAGUUUUGUUCCCAUUCAGGAAUGUGUCUAUAAAUGACUCAAUACAUGUUUCUGCUUGGAAGAGUUGAGAUUUACAAGCAUCUAAAAGUGCAGUGGUCCAAGGUCAAACCAGAUUAAAAUAUAUAUCAACUGUGCAGCAGCCUUGGAAAAGGGUCUCAUUGCUGUGACCUUGGUGUGAAUUUCUUAGGAGAGUGUAUGGAUCAGGUCACAAUGACCAGGUCCAUACAGAUUACUUUAUGCACAAGCCUGAACACUGAUUUAGAUCGAAUCGCAGUUAGCUGAGGAACUGAAGUUACAACUGAUUAUGGACUUAUUGACCCACUGUCUUUUAACGCAAAAGGAAACCAGGAUAGCAAAUCGGUUUCUAUUGAAAAUAUAUGUUCCUGGAGUGACUUUGAACAAAUGCAUAAACAUUUCCUGUUUUUAUUUAUUUUGAUUGCAAAAUGAAAUUAUGGAGGACUGUAAUUUUAUAGUUUAUUUUAUGUUCAGGUGAUCUGUGGACAUAUGUGCUUACAGCAUUAACAGUCAAAAUAAUAAAGGGCAUUCACUACUAAGGGUUUAAUAAAACAAUUUCAAACCUUGUGAUAAGCUACGAUAUAGGCUUAACUAUAGUUUUAGCUGGGGAACCUGACUCUCAAAUAUACUUUUAGGUGUCCACACUGUCAACUAAACCAAAGGUAUGUUUUAAGAAGGUUUUUUUCUGAUUCAAAUGGGCUAAGCUGGCCUCAUUGAUUACCUCUGCUGCCAUCAUGUGGCUGGAGCAUGUACAGUCAAGCACCAAACUGGAUUUAUUUAUCUGGGUCCAUGUCUUUUUCACUUGUGUGGGACCAAACCUGUCAAUAGAUUUUUCCCUUUACUUAUGCUCAGAGCCAGUUUGCCUUACCUCUGUGUUUUGAUUUGUGUUGAAAUGAGUCCUAACUAAAACCAAAUGAUACUUUGAUUUGAAACGCAAUAAGUGCCUUAACAUUUCCAUUCAUAUCAUUGAUAUAUAUUAUAGGAUACUUUUAACAUAGGUUAUUUUUUAUAAGUAUUUGAAAGCCAUGAGAAGGAAAGGUAGCAGUAAGUACCUGGCUUUUACAUUGUACAACUUUAAUAAAGGCUUUCUUUGCACUACACAA